GGCAGACAGGAAGUGUGUUUUAUAAAGAGUUCAUUUGAAAAAAGUCUUGGUCUUUACACAAGAACAACCAUACCUUGAUUUUUUUUUUGUGAUUAUUUAUUCUUCAUGUACUUGUAGCACUUACAAAAAGCAGUUUAAGUUCCCAAAUACUGUGGCUUGUGGAUCUGGAGGCUGGAACAAGGAAUCAUGAAGUUGGAGGUUCCACAAAGCUUUGAAGAUGUUGCUAUUGAGUUUUCAGGAGAGGAGUGGGAGAUGUUAAGUAAACAGCAGAAAGAGCUACACAGGAACGUGAUGGUACAGAACUAUGAGAACAUGGUUUCUGUAGGGUAUCCUAUCCCAGUGGAGCAUCUUUGGGUCUACAUUAAGAAAGAAGAAACUAUUCUAUCUGCUGUCAGUGAAGGAGGCAUAACCCUGCAGGAAAUGCAGCUUCCUGAUACCAGUACCAGCAUCAGCAGGAGCAGAGAGUGUACUGAGGGCUGGAGUCUGCAGUCAUCACAGGGCAAAUGCCUUACUUCUGAGCAUGAUAAAGCAUUGUUGGCGAACAUAGUGAUUACAAGACACAGCCUGGUGCCAAGUGAAAUCAAACAUCAUAACUGUAUUAUGGAAAGCAAAGAUGAGUUUGGCAUGAAAACUGAACUGGAAAUGCAUCUGGUACCUCAACAAGGAGAAAAGCCAUGCAGGCUUAAUCACAGUGAUAAUUUAAUGCUUCAUUGUAGUGGCCUGACUGAUCAGUUAAUUUACAUUGGCAAAGGAAGAAUGAAUAUACCAGCAAUGCAUGAGCAAGUAUACAAUGCAAAGAAACAAUAUAAAUAUGCCGUAAAUGACAAGGGUUUGAAGGGUAAAGUAAAAUUAGCAGCAAAUAACAUUACUCAUACCAGACAGAAACUCUUAAAAUGUACCAGCCAUGAAAAACGUUUUACACAAAAGUCAAGGGUAGAAAAACAUCAGUAUAGCCACACUGGUAUGAAACCUCAUAAGUGUGCUACAUGUGGAAAGGAGUUUACACGAAAGGAUGCCAUGAUAACUCAUCAGUACACACACACUGGGCAGAAACCUUAUAAGUGUACUACAUGUGGAAAGGGGUUUAUACGGAAGGAUGCCAUGGUAAGUCAUCAGUACACACACACUGGGCAGAAACCUUAUGUGUGUGCUACAUGUGGAAAGGGGUUUGCAUGGAAGGAUGCGAUGGUAAGACAUCAGUAUACACACACUGGGAAGAAACCUUAUAAGUGUACUACAUGUGGAAAGGGGUUUGCAUGGAAGGAUGCCAUGGUAAGCCAUCAGUAUACACACACUGGUCUGAAACCUUAUAAGUGUGCUACAUGUGGAAAGGGUUUUAUACAGAAGGGUGCUAUGAUAAGACAUCAGUAUACACACACUGGUCUGAAACCUUAUAAGUGUGCUACAUGUGGAAAGGGGUUUACAGAGAAGGGUGCCAUGGUAGGACAUCAGCAUACACAUACUGGUUUGAAACCUUAUAAGUGUGCUACAUGUGGAAAGGGGUUUCUACAGAAGGGUGCCAUGAUAUGUCAUCAGUAUGCACACACUGGUCUGAAACCUUAUAAGUGUGCUACAUGUGGAAAAGGGUUUACGCAGAAGGCUUCCUUGAUAACCCAUCAGUAUACACACACUGGGCGGAAACCUUAUAAGUGUGCUACAUGUGGAAAGGGGUUUGCACAGAAGCGUACCAUGGUAAGACAUCAGUAUACACAUACAGGGCAGAAACCUUAUAAGUGUGCUACAUGUGGAAAGGGUUUUACAGAGAAGGGUACCAUGGUAGGACAUCAGUAUAUACACACUGGUCAGAAACCUUAUAAGUGUGCUACAUGUGGAAAGGGGUUUCUACAGAAGGGUGCCAUGGUAAGUCAUCAGUAUGCACACACUGGUCUAAAACCUUAUAAGUGCGCUACAUGUGGAAGGUUUACCCAGAAGGCUUCCAUGGUAAGACAUGAGCAUAUCCACACUGGUCUGAAACCUUAUAAGUGUGAUACAUGUGGAAAAUGGUUUACACGGAAGGGUGACAUGGUAAAACAUCAGUAUACACACACUGGUCUGAAACCUUAUAAGUGUGCUACAUGUGGAAAGGGGUAUCAACGGAAGGGUGCCAUGGUAAGUCAUCAGUAUGCACACACUGGUCUGAAACCUUAUAAGUGUGCUACAUGUGGAACGGGGUUUACACAGAAGGCUUCCAUGAUAAGACAUGAGCAUAUCCACACCGGUCUGAAACCUUAUAAGUGUGAUACAUGUGGAAAGCGGUUUACACAGAAGGGUGUCAUGGAGAGACAUCAGCAUAUCCACACUGGUAUGAAACCCUAUAUGUGUGCCACAUGUGGAAAGGGGUUUAUACGGAAGGGUACCAUGAUAAGACAUCAAUAUGCACAUACAGGUCUGUAAUCCUACAAGUGUGCUACAUGUGCCAAUGGGGUUUAUACUCAAGGGUGACAUGGAAAAACAUCAAAUCGUCCAAACUGAUCUGAAACCAGAUAAAUGCAGCAUGUGUAACAAGAGUUUUAAAUUCACAAGUGAUGUCACACAUCAUCAGAAGAUCCAUACUGACCAGAAAAAAAAAUGUUGGAUAGAUUAGAUAUUAA